AUGGAAAACUACAAGUUCUAUCGUAGUUGGAUGUACGAUCAUAUGUAUGCUGGGAGACGUGGACUUAAACCAAUUUUUGAGGAAGGAGUUAAAUUGUUUAUUACAUGGGCAUUUGAUCAAGAAUGUUGUCGGGAAGAGGGAGGAGUGAGAUGUCCGUGUCUUAAAUGUGGAUGUAGACGUAUAAUAAGUGAUCCGAAAGAAGUAGAAACUCAUUUGAAGAGAAAGGGAUUUAAGGAAAAUUAUUGGGUUUGGACAUCAAAUGGGGAAGAAAUGUCGAUGAAUAUGCCAGAGACAAGGGUUAACGUGGCCUACGAUGAACAACAAGAUAGUGGUGAUGAGGAAGAGUUGCCGAAUGAGAAAUCUCAAAAAUUCUACGAGUUGUUGAAAGAAAUAAACACACCAUUGUUUGAGGGUUCUUCAGACUCUAAAUUGUCUAUGUGUGUGAGAUUGUUGGCUGCAAAAUCAAACUGGAAUGUUCCUGAUCAGUGUCUGGAAUUCUUUUGUCAAAUGAUGUUGGAUGCGACUCCUACGAAAGAGAAUUUGCCAAGAAGUUAUUAUGACGCGAAGAGGUUGGUUAUGAAGUUAGGAUUAGAAAUAACGAAGAUUGAUUGUUGCAUUAGAGGUUGCAUGUUGUUCUAUGACAAUGAGUUUGGUACAAACGAUGGAGCGUUAGAGGAAUGUAAGUUUUGUAAGAGUCCAAGGUAUGUAGUUCGCACUAAAGCCAUUGAUCGUGAUAAAAAACGCAUAGCAGUGAAAUCAAUGUUUUAUUUGCCGAUAAUACCAAGGUUGCAGAGAUUGUUUGCUUCAAUGCACAGUUCGGGAACUGGAUAUUCUUGUUGGCCGGUUAUUGUUACUCCUUACAACCUCCCCCCUGAGAUGUGCAUGACAAAGCCUUACAUGUUUUUGACUUGCCUCAUUCCAGGGCCGUCGAGUCCAAAAGCAGGAAUUGACGUGUAUUUACAACCUUUAGUUGAUGACUUAAAGAGGUUGUGGAUUGGAGAAUGUACUUAUGACAUAUCUCGUAAACAAAACUUCAACAUGCGAGCUGUUUUGAUGUGGACUAUUAACGAUUUUCCUGCAUAUGCCAUGUUGUCUGGUUGGGGUACACAUGGUAAAAUGGGAUGUCCUCAUUGCAUGGAUAAGACGAAGGCGUUUACAUUGGAUAAAGGAGGAAAAAGUUCGUGGUUUAACUGUCAUCGUAGAUUCCUACCAAAAAACCACAUACUUAGAAAAAACAUGAAUGAUUUCAGAAAAGGUAUAAAAGUAACAGAUCUGCCUCCCCCUCGUUUGUCAUCAGUUGAAGUAUGGAACAUGGUUCGUGAUCUACCAAAAUUCACAGACAAUGGAAAAGCGAUCCGAAUUCCAGGAUACGGGGACAAACACAAUUGGACUAAAAGAAGUAUUUUUUGGGACCUCCCAUAUUGGAAAGAUAAUUUAUUGCGACAUAAUCUUGAUGUUAUGCACAUAGAGAAGAAUUUUUUUGAUAAUGUAUUUAAUACAGUGAUGGAUGUCCAAGGCAAGACAAAAGAUAAUGAGAAUGCUAGAAAAGACAUGGAACUGUAUUGUAAUCGAAAAGAUUUAGAGUUGAAGACUCUACCAAAUGGGAAGCUAUUAAAACCCAAAGCUACUUAUAGUCUAACUCCACAAGAAGCCAAGCUUAUGUGCUAA